AACCCGGUGUGAGUAGCCAGCAAAGCUAUGAAGGAAGAGAAGACGAAGAGAACGAAGAGUUCUGCUGGUGAAGAUUUUAAGCAGAUGGUAUAACUGACAACCUCAAGGAAAAGAGAGAGAUGUUGCAGUGCAUAUUUCUGCUAUCUGAUUCGGGUGAGGUAAUGCUGGAGAAACAGCUAACUGGGCAGCGUGUAGACCGUUCGAUAUGUGUAUGGUUCUGGGAACAAGCCAUUUCUCAAGGUGAUUCCUCCAAGCUGCAACCAGUAAUUGCUUCACCAACACAUUACCUUUUCCAAAUUCUUCGCGAGGGGAUAACAUUUUUAGCUUGUACCCAAGUUGAAAUGCCACCUUUGAUGGGCAUUGAGUUCCUUUGCAGGGUAGCUGAUGUCCUCACAGAUUAUCUUGGCAGCUUGAAUGAAGACUUGAUAAAAGAUAACUUUGUUAUCGUAUAUGAGCUUCUGGAUGAGAUGAUUGACAAUGGCUUCCCUCUCACUACAGAACCUAACAUUCUGAGAGACAUGAUUGCUCCACCAAAUCUUGUUAACAAGAUGUUGAGUGUUGUGACAGGCAACAGUUCUAACAUGAGUGAUACACUUCCAGGUGCAACAUCAUCUCUGAUUCCAUGGAGAACAACAGAUCCGAAAUAUGCUCACAAUGAAGUUUAUGUUGAUCUUGUUGAAGAAAUAGAUACAAUAAUAAACAGGGAUGGGGUCCUGGUGAAAUGCGAGAUAUAUGGUGAAGUUCAAGUGAACUCCCAUUUAUCAGGUGUACCUGAUUUGACUCUUUCCUUUUCAAACCCUUCUAUUCUUGAUGAUGUAAGAUUCCAUCCAUGUGUUCGGUUUCGGCCUUGGGAAUCCCAGCAAAUUCUGUCGUUUGUGCCUCCUGAUGGACAGUUCAAGCUAAUGAGUUACAGGGUUAGAAAGUUGAAAAGCUCUCCAAUCUAUGUAAAGCCACAGCUAACCUCAGAUGCUGGAACAUGUCGUCUUAGUGUGAUGGUUGGAAUACGAAAUGAUCCUGGAAAGACCAUUGAUUCAAUAACUGUGCAAUUUCAACUGCCUCCAUGCAUUUUAUCAGCUGAUCUGACUUCAAAUCAUGGAACAGUAAACAUUCUUUCAAAUAAGACCUGUUCAUGGUCAAUUGGGCGUAUUCCUAAAGAUAAAACCCCUUCAAUGUCUGGAACAUUAGUGCUUGAGAAAGGAUUAGAGCGCCUUCAUGUGUUCCCCACAUUUCAAGCAAGUUUUAGGAUCAUGGGUGUUGCUCUCUCUGGCUUGCAGAUAGAUAAGCUCGAUUUGAGGAAUCUACCAAAUCGACCGUACAAGGGCUUUCGAGCACUCACUAAAGCAGGGCAAUUUGAAGUUAGGUCGUAAUUCAGCAAUACAAUUUUUUUUCUUUUCUUUCAAAGCUGUGUGAAAUGAGAUCAAUUUGUGUACAUUUGGUGUGGGAAUGCUCUGAGAAUGCCACUAAUAGUUUCAUCUGUAAAUUUCUUUUUUGUUAUAGAAAAUCUUUGGUCUGA